GAAAAAUCUCAGUACCAAUGGAGAAAAAAGACAGUAAUCAAGAAGAAAUUCCCCAAGAAUUCAUAGAUGAUAGCUUCAACUACGAUGACUACGUAAUAGAAGAUGCUAAAGAUUUCAUGAAUGAUAAAUAAUUCCCAAAAGCAACUCCAGAAUGCUAAAGCAAAGAUGAAACGAUCAGUGGGAAAAUAAAAUAGCAGGCCUCUUUAAGGGAUUCUUUAAUAAAACCUCCAGAAAAAUGAAAUCAACAUCUAAGAAGAAAAAUUAUAAAAAUAGGAGAGAAAGAACUAUGUCUUUACAACAACCUGUAUUUUGUGAGAGAAUUACGCUUGCUGAAAAUCCUGAAGAAUUUAUGAGACAAAAUUCUCAUUAUAUAACAAAGAAAGAUGCUCCCAAGAAGAGUAAAAUGCAUUAUGAUCCUAUACUUGGGAAACUAAUUCCUAAUAAUCCAAGGAAAUAAUAUGGCAAAGAGUUUCAGCUUUGAACCUCUUCAAAGCUCAAAGAGAUUAUCUCAAUCAAAGAAUAGUCAAGAAGACUAUCGGAAAGAAAAUCUGAACGAAAGCAUAUUUGAUAUUGACGCAGAGCUCAAUGUUUUGGACCAGAUCCAAGAAACUGUUUCUGAAGAUGAACUUCAACCAGAAAGAAAGGAUUCUAAAGACUCAAUUGAAUCUAUAAUCCAGAGAUCUCUUGAGACAUCUAAAGCUAGCGAGAUAAGUGGGCGAAAUACAGAGGAAAAGGCUCAUAAUAUUGUCAACCAAAUAAAAGAUAUUCUUGCAUUACAAUUUGAAAGACAUAUAAGGUCAGAAAAGGACACCCAUUCUGGCAUUAAAUGAAAUGAGUGCCAAAUGGAUCCCAUCAUAGGAAUCAGAUACAAAUGUGCAAUCUGAAUAGAACACAACCUCUGAGAAUUCUGUGAAAUUGAUAAUAAUCAUGAGCAUAUCUUUAUUAAAGUUAGAGACCGUAAAAUCAGAAUCCCAAUGUUUUGUGAAAUUAGACACAUGGCAAAAAAGAUUCCAAGGUCAUCCUUCGAUUGACUCGAAAAGAAGAAUUUUCCUGAUUAUCCAAAACUUUACAUUGAUGUUAGCUCUGCUCUUGAAAAUACUGGUAGUCCUGUAAAAUCUACAGAAGAUAUAAAUAAGGCAGUAUUGGUUUCUCUUCCUGAUAAGGAUUUCCUUAAAACUAUUCAAAUUCAAGAAGUAAAAAACAUUAGCUCUGCUUCUGAUCUCUUAAUCUCAGUUUGAUGGUAUCUCCAGAAUAGGACUUCAUCGGCAUAUCCUCCAGAAUCAGACAAAUUGAUUCUUAAAUGUUUGCCGAAUGAUUAUCUGAUCCACUCGGUUUAGUUGAGGUUUCGCCUUCCACAAAACCAACGACGCAUGCACAGAUAUCCCCAAUGCCACUCCUCCCUUCCAACCCCAGCACUCUCACCUGCAAAUUCCUCCUCCCCUGCUCUCUCAAGUCUAAACUUCGUACCAAAACCCUAAACCUGACCUUCAGCCUGUACAACCCUUCCUCCACCCGCUACAUCGGGUCUAACCUUCCUUGCACAAUUCCUUUGUAACCCACAGGAUGAACUGAAAGAUG